GUUGACUUGUGUGGCUCUCACCAAACCUCCCUUACCUACCCCGCCCAAAGCAAAAGCCACCUCCCUCCGUCAAAACUAACGCCGUUAAAUCCCAACUGAACCCCUACUGGGACCCACACCCGCCACCUAACACCCCCUACUCAAAUUAUAAAUCCCCUUCAAAACCCCUUCACCUCCAACCACCGUCCUCCGCCGCACAACCACCGAUACCCCCGCCGCGAAAAAAAAAUCCAGAAAAGAAAAUUGAAAAUAAUUUAAGCAACUGAUUGUAAAAACCCCUUCCCCCACUAUGGAUCUUAUCCUUCUCGAGAAGACCCUCCUAGGGCUCUUCUUCGCCAUAAUCGUCGCUGCUGUCGUCUCCAAGCUCCGCGGCAAGAAAUUCAGGCUCCCUCCUGGGCCGAUACCCGUCCCGAUCUUCGGAAACUGGCUCCAGGUCGGCGACGACCUCAACCACAGGAACCUCACCGACUACGCCCGCAAAUUCGGCGAGAUAUUCCUCCUCCGCAUGGGGCAGCGCAACCUGGUGGUGGUCUCCUCUCCGGAUCUCGCCAAGGACGUGCUCCACACCCAGGGCGUCGAGUUCGGCUCCCGCACCCGCAACGUCGUGUUCGACAUCUUCACCGGCAAGGGGCAGGACAUGGUGUUCACGGUGUACGGCGAGCACUGGCGCAAGAUGCGCCGCAUCAUGACCGUCCCUUUCUUCACUAACAAGGUCGUCCAGCAGUACCGCGGAGGGUGGGAGGCGGAGGCCGCCGCCGUGGUGGAGGACGUCAGGAAGAAUCCGGCGGCGGCGACGGAGGGGAUCGUGCUGAGGCGGCGGCUGCAGCUGAUGAUGUACAACAACAUGUACCGGAUCAUGUUCGAUCGGAGGUUCGAGAGCGAGGACGAUCCACUGUUUGGGAAGCUCAAGGCACUGAAUGGUGAGAGGAGCCGAUUGGCGCAGAGCUUUGAGUACAACUAUGGUGAUUUUAUCCCGAUUUUGAGGCCGUUUUUGAGGGGAUAUCUGAAGAUCUGCAAGGAGGUGAAGGAGAGGAGGCUGCAGCUGUUCAAGGACUAUUUUGUUGAUGAGAGAAAGAAGCUCGGGAGUACGAAGCCAGCAGACAACGACAGCUUAAAGUGCGCGAUCGAUCACAUUCUUGAAGCUCAACAGAAGGGUGAGAUCAACGAGGAUAAUGUUCUUUACAUUGUUGAGAACAUCAAUGUUGCUGCAAUCGAGACAACACUAUGGUCAAUCGAGUGGGGCAUAGCUGAGCUAGUGAACCAUCCUGAAAUCCAGAACAAACUUCGGGCCGAGAUGGACUCUGUUCUCGGGCCCGGUGUCCAAAUCACCGAGCCCGAUACCCACAAGCUGCCCUACCUGCAAGCAGUGAUAAAGGAAACUCUUCGGCUUCGAAUGGCAAUCCCACUCCUCGUCCCUCACAUGAACCUCCACGAUGCCAAGCUUGGAGGCUAUGACAUCCCAGCUGAGAGCAAGAUCCUAGUCAACGCCUGGUGGCUUGCUAACAACCCGGCCCACUGGAAAAAGCCCGAAGAGUUCAGGCCCGAAAGGUUCUUUGAGGAGGAGUCCAAAGUUGAGGCCAAUGGAAAUGACUUCAGGUACUUACCGUUUGGUGUGGGCCGUAGGAGCUGCCCAGGAAUUAUACUCGCGCUCCCGAUUCUUGGGAUUACCAUUGGCCGGCUCGUGCAGAAUUUCGAGCUUCUGCCGCCACCUGGACAGUCGAAGAUCGACACGACUGAGAAGGGGGGGCAAUUUAGUCUGCAUAUUUUGAAACACUCGACGAUUGUUCUGAAGCCGAGGUCGAUUUGAGAUGGAGAUAUUUGUACUUUUUUUUUUUUGACAAAUUUUGGUGGUGUGGUUUUUGUGGUGUUGCUUUGUGUGGGAUUGUGGCUGAGUCUUACAGUUUAUUAGGUUUGCUCUGGAAAUGUGUCUAUCUUUGUAACUCAUCCUUGUCUCCUACAAUUUGAGAAAUGAAAUCAUAUGGUAUAUGUUGAAAUAUCUGAAGCUUUGUGUUGAACUUUUUUUCUUUUUACAUGUUGUGGAUUUGAUUAAUUAUAUUAAGAGUGGA